GGACCCAAAGAUGAUCGUGACGUGGUGAUUGGUUACAAGAAAAGUAGCAUCUUCCUCACUACUACAUUAGGAUUAGGACGUUUCGGAUUUCCGCUCUAAAAACGGAAAGCCAGUGUUUUGUUUUUGUCGUGUGAAUAAUAACUUAUUUGGUUUCUUGUUUUAACCAAGCGGUUUGUCGGUGUUGUUGUUUUUGUUUUUUUAAACCGGAUUAACCGGCGUGUGCUGAGAGGGAGCAGGCGGCACCAUGAAGCUUUACAGCAUGAGCGUCCAUUAUAAAGGAGCUACGAAAGCCAACCUCCUGAAAGCGGCCUUCGACCUCUCAUCCUUCAGCUUCUUUCAGAAAUCCAGCAUCCAGGAGUUCAUGUCCUUCACCAGUGCCUUGAUUGUUGAGCGGACAACGGUUGGAAGUCGUGCCUCUGUCAAAGAACAAGAUUACCUGUGUCACGUGUACGUGAGGAAUGACAACCUGGGUGCGGUGGUCAUAGCAGACACGGAAUACCCACAAAGAGUCUGCUUCUCACUGCUUGACAAGGUGUUGGAGGAAUUUUCUAGACAGGUGGACAGUAUAGACUGGCCCUCUGGCAACCCCGACACCGUUAACUACAAGGCCCUAGACAUUCACCUUGCCAAAUAUCAGAACCCAAGGGAAGCAGAUGCAAUGUCAAAAGUGCAGGCAGAGCUGGACGACACAAAAAUAAUUUUGCACAAGACCAUGGAAAGUCUGUUGGAGAGAGGAGAGAAACUGGACGACCUGGUGGCCAAGUCAGAGCACCUGGGGACCCAAUCCAAAGCUUUUUAUAAGACUGCAAGGAAACAGAACUCCUGCUGCGAGAUCAUGUGAUGUCGUGGCUUCGUCCCCACGGACACGCCUCAAUCACUUUCACUCUGUCUUGGCCUUUCUGCUCGUCCCAAUCCAACAUCCUACAUCGAGCGCCAGCCACACAAUCUCAACGCCUCACGGUGGAGGUCGGCAGCCGGCGCGAUUUUCCACCAUUGGGGGCUGGAGGAGCGAUUUGUUUCCAAGGAACGUUUUGGAGGACAAACCCGCCUCGUUGUCUUUUGUUGAAACCAUGUAAUGUCAUUGGGAUUGCAUCAUGUCUUAAAUGUGGCUUUUUCUCCCCUCAAUGACCUGGCAAACAAAAGCGUUUGUUGCUCAUCAGCUUUUUGAUGUUUAUUGAAAUUGUCAACAUUCCACUGUGGCUGAUUGUGUGUUUGUGAGGUUUUAAUGCACAUUUUAAUGAACAUAUAUCGCUCGCCCAUCACAAUGAUGGAUAUUUAGCAAGACUCCAUCCCCAAGCCCAAUUGAAAUCAUCCAAAAACAUUACAAUAGACUUGCCGGUACUAAUUUGGCCAAGUGACACUCCAAUAUGGCCCCAUGUAUUUGGUUUUUACACACACGUGUGUGCGUAUUUGACUUGUCUGCUUGCAUUCAUUAAUGAUGAAGAAAUGCCUUUGGUUGCAUUUUAGAUGUUUCUAUGCUUUCUGCUCUGUGUAUGUUUAUGCACGAGAUAUGAAUGGCUGAAUAAUGAGUGACUGCGUGUGUGUGCCUUUUGGCUUUUACUGUGUUAACGGUUGUGCAAUACCUCCAUGAUCUGGUGUCUCUUAAACGGAAGCAUUACUCAUAAGAGGUCAGCAAAUGGGCCUUCGUAUACUUGGCUUAUGAGUACUGUUAGCCUGUGCAAGGUUGAAUCUUGAUUUAAUAAACACUUGUCUAGAUUAACACUUA